GCACCGGGGCCUCCGCCAUGGCGACCGUCCUGUCCAGGGCGCUCAAGCUCCCGGGGAAGAAGAGCCCAGACCUAGGGGAGUAUGAUCCCCUCACACAGGCUGACAGUGACGAGAGUGAAGACGAGCUGGUGCUUAACUUGCAACAGAAGAACGGAGGGGUCAAGAACGGGAAGAGUCCUCUGGGAGAAGCCCCAGAGCCCGACUCCGAUGCAGAGGUUGCAGGGGCUGCAAAGCCACAUCUUUCAGAAGUCACCACAGAGGGGUACCCCUCGGAGCCCCUCAGGGACCUGGAGCAGAAGGCCAACUCUUCCAUCGUGUCUUAUGUGCGCACAUCUGUCUUUCUGCUAACUCUGGUGAUCUCAAUGAUCCUGGUGCUCGUAUGUGCUUUCCUGAUCCCGUGUCCCCCUAGAGAUCUGCACAGCACUUGGAGCCGCCACUUGGGCCCCCAGGGAGGUGGGGACCUGUCUCCAUUGGAAUUGGCUGAUGUGAAUGGGGAUGACCUGCGUGAUGUACUUCUCUCCUUUGUUCCGUCAAGGAAUGAGAGUGCAGUAGGUGUCUCCAGGCCAACGGCUGUUCUUAUGUGCCUGUCGGGGAUGAAUGGCAGCACACUCUGGUCCAGUCCCCUCCCAGAGGAGGCCCGGGAUAUUACAUGUUUGGAUCUGAUGCCAGGAAGCUUGGCUGCAACCAUCUGCCUUGUGACAGGGACCCAUAAGAUGCUCAACGCAUUCAAUGCAACAUCAGGGAAAGCCAUUUGGACUUUAAACCCAAAGUUUUUGUCCAAUGGUACCUUGGCUGCCCCAGUCGUGGUGCUUCCAGACCUGGAUGAAGAUGGCAUUAGAGAUCUUGUGGUUCUGGCCAUUGGGGAAUUGCAGCCAGAUCUGUGCUUUCUGCUGGUGUCUGGCCGGACAGGGAGUCCAGUGGGCCGACCUGUGAAGUACAACAUCGUGGGAGUGGGGAAUCUGAUUGGUCCUCAGGUUUACAUCACCACAAAUGGGGCUGUCUACAUCCUGUUUGGCUUUGGCAAUAUCCAGGCUGUUGCCCUGCGGGACAUUUUUGUUCAGGCCCAAAAUCGAGACAGCUCACCACCUUCUCUGCAGCUUGAAGAGCCAGAAUGGGAGAAGCGAAGAUCCAUCAACCUGUCUGAGCUCAUUGACAUUUACAGUGAUGGCGUUGAGCUACUCCAGAUGGUGAAGGCACCAGAUUCCAACUGCAGCGACCUCCUGAUUACAACCAGACGAGGCCUUGUCCUGCUUCGAGGGCAAGAUCUUACACCUUACUGGACGUUGAGCCUUCAAGGCCUGCGCAGCCAGCCUACUCCUGGGUAUUUUACUGAUGAUCAGACCUUAGACUUCUUUCUGCAAAUUCAGGAUGGAGUUGGGAUGAAAAAGAUGAUGGUGGUGGAUGGUUACUCUGGCUCUGUUACUUGGAGCUACAGCAUUCCAUGUCGCAUGAAAGAAACACCAACCACCUCGGCAGUCACUUCAGACCAGAAGUCUGUCUUCCUCUUUUGGGCUGAAGGGCUGUCAACUGCACCUCCCAAGGCUGAUAGCAUCCUAGGAGCUGAGCCACCCAGCCUUCAUCACCUUUACCUCCUGCAUCCAGCGUUCCCCUCGAUUCUUCUGGAUCUAGCCAAUGCCACAGACACAGUGACAGCUUCAGAAGUUGGAAUUAACGACCUCUGGAAAGAUGCCUUUUAUGUUACCAGGACAACAGGGCAAAGCUCUGAAGACCAUUUAGCGCCCCUGAUGGUCAGCAAGCUUAGUCUACGGUGGGCACUCAUGGAGGGCCAAAUGGUCCAGCAAAAGGAGACCACCCCCAAAAUUGGCCGUGGGGAGCUGCGAAGAUUCCUCUCUAGGAUAAAGUUUGUUGAUUCUCCUUACCAGGUCUAGUCUGAUGGAAUCUUCAGUUUCUAAAGAAAUGAAUAGAAUGGAUACCCUGUCUUGUCAGUAUAAAUAACAUCAGUUCUUUGGAGAGAAAGAAGACUUGAACCUCAUUUUAGCACCACCGUGAGAUUGUUGCAAAGCAGUUUGGAAGGCACGUUGGAAUUCUUUGAUAACAGCAUAAGCUGUUUGGCUGGGGUGUCUCACCUACCUUUUCAAUCCCUACAUUAACCCCCUCUAGGUACUGUGUGGGUAGUUUGGAAAUGUGAAUCCUAUAAGUGUUUUAUUUUUAUAUGUCUAAUUUAUAAGCUCCUGCUGGGAAAUUCCAGUGAAGUUCUGUAAUAGGGAAUGUCUUGUUUUGCAUUACACUGUGUGUGUAUUUUUUAGUGUUGUGGUGAAGCAUUUUCCAGAUAACGUCCUAAGCUCCAGGGAUCCAGUUUCUCGCUCUUAUGAAGCACAUCUGGUUUGUUUGGUUGUCUUGAGUUUUGCAGAUGUCCUACCUCUGAUACUGAGGCUCACUUGAAAUUUUUCUCCUUAUUCUCCCCCACCUGUACCUUGGCUACUUCCCAAUCAGAGGCAGCAGUGAGAAGGAACCUGGUGGUGGAAGACUGCGUUAGCCACACCAGUGUUUGUACCUCUUCCUUGUCUUAAGUAUUCUGUUUCCUCAGGUUUUCAAUCUCUAUAUAUUUAAUGGCUGUAAGAGUAACUGUUUUCCUGUGAUAAGGGGAGCAAGAGAAAUAGUGUAAAUGACCCAUCUCUGACGAAGUCCAUAUGUUAUUUUUUAUUUGGUUUUGAUUGUUAUGACAGUCAUGAUUUUUUUUACUGUGGUAACUUGGCAAUCUACUUGUAAAGUAUUGACCAGUGAAAACCUUACGAGC